AUGCACGAAAACGCAUCAACAAAAGUGGCUGUUACUACUUCUGUAACACCUGUACAUGGUCGUCCGGAAUUUAGCAAACACAGAAAUAGCAACCACCAAAGGAACCUUAGCCUUGACUUUCGGUCAAUGGGUAUUGUAUUACCAACAAUAAAUCAUCCAUCACACCACCGAAACCGCAGUUUGGAUUCUGUACUUACUAAAAUACCAGAAGUAGAUGUGAUACCGAGUCCUGAGUGUCCCGAACCAAUAUGUGCGCCAAUAUCUGACCCAAACAUCCAUUCGGAUGAUUCGGGUAUUGGAAGCUCAGAGAUGGCGAGCAGCUGCAGCCGAGAAAGUCUUAGCUGUUCAGAACCCAGCCCUUCUAAACAGGGAAUUUACGAUUCUCAGACAUUUGACAAAGUUUCUAAAAGCUUUCUGCUCAGGCUGAUAGAGUCCAAGCUUUUUGAUAUGCCAAUGGCCAUUAUGUACCUUUUCAAUUCAAAAGAGCCUGGUGUCCAACGGUAUAUAGGUGAUAAAUUGUUUAGUUUUGAUGACAAUUCAGUAGAUUUUUUCUUGCCACAACUAAUUAGUAUGUACAUACAAAUGGAUGACAUAGCAGAAGCUAUAGAUCCGUAUUUGGUACAUAGGUGUCGUAAAUCUUGUGAUUUCUCUAUUAAAUGUGCAUGGUUAUUAAAUGCCUUCCAUGAUUUAAAUGCUGAAUCAAAAUCUCGUGGUGGUCAAUUAAUCAGUACAAUUCUCAACGAGCAUUACAAACAAGGACCAAGUGAACCAACCUCUUUAGACUCAUUCAACCUAUUAACAAAAAAGACUCAUUGUCGGUCUAGAUCUGAUAGCUCGAUGGUCAAUUUAAAUGGAAUUCAAAUAGUACGAGAACGAAAUUUUUUAGGGGAUUUAAGUUCUGGUAUGGCAUUUGAUAAUAGGUGCAGUUGCACUGAACAAAUAGCUGAGUGUCGAUGCGGUGCUCCAAGAAUGUGUUCUGAAGUAGAAUUUAUUAAAUGCUUAACAACACUUGGACGUGAUUUGGCUAAACAACCAACGAGAGAAGCAAGAACUACUUAUCUCUAUAGCCAAUUAAGUUUAAUUAAUAAGAAUUUACCUGCUAAAGUUUGGAUACCAUUGUACAACUGUAAUCAUCAUAUUUUAUCAAUUCCUCCACGUGUAGCAGCUGUUUUGAAUUCUAAAGACAAGGCUCCAUUUAUUAUUUAUGUGGAAGUCGCAGAAGUAGAAGAUGCUGAACGGUCUCCCUUGACUACCCGGGUAUCAAAUCUUCGUCAAACACGUAGUGAAGAAAAUCUCACUCGAUGCGAGUCCCAAGACCUUAAACCAGAAAUAAACAGUCAAAACAUGUUUAUUGUAGCUGGUGACAUAAGACGUCGCCUCACCGUUUCCACUGAUAUUAAAAGUUCAUCACCCACAGAUCCCGAAGACCCUUCUGCUGCUGCACUCAAAGAACUUUGGUCAGAAAAAGAAAAACGUGUCAGGGAAAAAUCUCCAUAUGGUGGUCUAGCCAACUGGAAACUGUUGCCCGUUAUUGUGAAAACAGGUGAUGAUUUGAGACAAGAACUUCUUGCCUCUCAAUUAUUACUAACAUUACAUAGUAUAUGGAUGUCAGAAUUAGUACCACUAAAAGUUUUUCCGUAUAAAAUAUUAUGUUUGUCAAAUGAUGCCGGUUUAAUAGAACCAGUAUUAAAUACUAUCUCUUUGCACCAGAUCAAAAAACAAAAUAAAAAUUCAUUGUCGAUGUAUUUUGAAGAGGAAUUUAAAGAAAAUGCUUUGGUAAAAGCAAGACAGAACUUUAUAGAAAGCUGUGCUGCAUAUUCCCUUGUUUGUUAUUUGAUUCAAGUAAAAGACAGACACAAUGGAAAUAUACUUCUUGAUAAUCAGGGUAAUCUUAUACAUAUUGAUUUUGGAUUCAUACUAUCGGCAUCCCCUAAAAAUUUGGGAUUUGAAAGUUCACCCUUUAAAUUAACUUCGGAAAUGGUUGAUGUAAUGGGUGGACUUGACUCGGAUGGUUUCAAAUACUUCAAACUACUAAUACUCCGUGGUUUAAUUGCUUCACGUAAACACAUGGACAGAGUGUUGUCCGUCGUCCAAAUCAUGCAGUCUGCUAAUUCGCAGUUACCUUGUUUUAGAGCUGGAGCAACGGCUGUAAUUGGAUCUUUGAAAUGCCGUUUCCAUUUAAAUCUUACAGAAUCUCAACUGAUAUCGCUUGUCGAUAACAUGGUUGAGUCGUCAUUGCAUUCAAUCACGACCAAAUUGUACGACGGUUUUCAAUACUACACUAAUGGCAUACUGUGA